CAUCGGCUUCAUGGGAGGAAACUUCCGAUUCGCUGCGAUAAAAAGAGAAGACGCUUCGCCUCCAGAGAGCAGCGCUACGAAGACGCAGGCCGACCGGUUCCCUUCCAGAGCAACGAUGAGCAACGGACCUGAGAGCUCAGAGGAAUCCCAGAUCAAGGUUCUGGUUCUGGGAAGAGAUGAAUCUGGGAAAGAGUCUGUUGUAAAUGCCAUGAGGGGACAGUUCAACCCAGAGGAGUCAUCCGAAAACCCUAAGCUGACAAGAGGAACCGUCUGUUUGGAGGACAGAUCCAUUAAGGUGUCGGUUCUGAAUGCUUCUUGUGUGUGUUGCAAGGAGUCCAAGGAAGACAUCCAAGAAUCCAUCAAAAAGAUCAAGAAAGACAUCAGGAACAUCAGUCCUGGCCCUCAUGUGAUCAUCUGGGUUUCAAAGGAACGAAACGAAGAAAAGGACAAGCUGCUGUCAGCUUUUCAUAAGGCUUUUCAUGACAAGAAGCGCGUCCUGUUUGUGCCCAUUGGAGAUGAAAUCCCAGAAAAAGAUGAGAAGACCCUCACCUUCACAGAAUCUGAGGAAUGGGGGAAAACUCUGCUGGAAAGAGUCGUUAAGAUAAAUAACGAUAACAACAGCAAGCCGUGCGAGAUGAAUUUGCUUGAGAAAAAGUUGGAUAAAUUCUCCAAACAGCUGGUAAACAAUUUUGAGAAAUCCGAGCGUACUGAGACUGUGCAUACAUGUCUGGAUGCACUGAAGGACUGGUCCUGUAAAAAAUUCUUCAAAUAGUAAAGUGAUGCAGAAGCUCAGCUUUGCAAAGCUUCUUCAGUUCCCGUUUGUCCUGCUGUAGCUGGCAGGUUGUCGGUUCAAUCCCCAGUGUGCUCCUUUGUUUUAGGGUGGUGGUGGUGCAGUUUUAGUUUUAACUGUUUAUUCUGCUGCAGCUGAAAUAAUCAUUUAUUUCUGCUGCAUGUUUCCUCUGUAUGAGCAUCAAUAAAACUGUCUGCUCUCCUCUGA